GCGGGCGGCGGGGAGGCGGCCGCCCCGAUCCCGGCCGUUGAGCCGAACUACCGGGGCUGCAGCCCACCCCGUGCCCGGGGCGGGGGCAGGCGCGGGGUCCGUCCCCCCGGCUGCACGGGCAGCGCUGCGCGGCCGGUACCGGCUCCCCCAAAACACCCCCGGGACGGCGGCACCGAGCCGGGACGCGCCGCCCGGAUCCUUCAGCCCAUCCCUGACUUUCCCCACGGCCCAUUGGGGUGCUUUUCUCAGCUCCGUUGCCAAAAGGAGCCGUUUUGCGUGAAAAAUCCGCUCCCCCCCCUUUCCCCGGGGUUUGGGCGGAUGUUAACGGGAGAAAAACACAUCAAACGGCGAACGCGGUGAAGUUUUACCUUCGUAUCGAGUUCAAGGUGACAUUUGCAGGGCGGGGAUUUUAACGGGGAGCUCCCCGCGGAAACGGCGCCGUCCCCGGUUCGCUGCCGCUUUGUGCUGCGGUUUGUUUGAAUCCUAUGGGAUGUAUAGGUCUGUGCGGUCCUUCCAUAAACCCCGGCACGCGGGUGACACAAUCACCCGUUGAACAGCUCACCUGCGAAAAAAUGCUUUGCCCAAAGCUACGGGGAGUCAUCCCGGAACCCCGACGCUUAAUUAUCUCCGCUACGGGCGGAUGGAAGCGUUCAAUAUACAUCAAUUGUUUGCAUGCUCUCAGAUAAAUUCUCACAGACGGACGUACGGACGUUGCCCACACAAGCUCUCGGAUCCCAGGGCCCCAGCGGGGCCCAGAACCGGCUGGUCUUGAUCGAGCGGGGAAAUGCGCUUUUCCCGGAGUGUUUUUCUUUUCAUCCCCCAGUCAGUGACUAAACUGACUUGGUUGAACCACCCAAGAGCCUCUUGCUGCAAGGAAUUGCGAUGGAUUCUCCCUACAUGAACGGAGCCUACGGCUCCCCGUACCCCCCAGUUCCCAGCGCUGCCUCCCCCUAUGCCGGGCUGCCACAGACACGGGGGUACUACUGCUCCGGGCCCCCGCGGACCCCCUACCCCAUGGACUCAGCGGGGAUGUACCGGCCCCCGUCGCCCGCUCCCCCCUGGAACUACGUCCCGCCGGACGGCGCCGCCGAAGGCUCCUCGCUCCGGAGGCAGCAGGUUCCUGGCUACUCCCCCCCGCAGACCCCGGGAAUGCCCAUCCCGCAGUAUUCGUACGGAGACAACCCGGGGGUCACGCUGCAGGGGCCGCAGCUGCGAGCCCCAGAGGACACGUGGGGCCUCCCCAGCGUCUAUGGGGUGCGUUACGCCUGGCCCGCGGCCCCCGGGCACGGGAACCCCUUCGGCUCCGACCCGCACCCGCCCUGGGCCGGCAGCGCAGCCCCUGCCCACCCCCCGGCCUGGGACACAAAGGAUGCAGGUUACGACCAAGCCGAGCAGAGCGCAGACCAACACAGCUACUAUUCUGAUGUCAACCACCAGCCCUCGGGGACAAUGAAUGAGCACAGGGCGCACCCCCCGAGCCCCAAAGUGCAGUACAGCGCCCAGCCCCAGAUGUACGACGCUGCGCGGCGGAAACCGCGGGCUGGGAGCCGGGAGGCUGCUUUGAAACCCACUGAGCAGCCCUCUGCAAAUCCUGCAGCCGCCCAGCCGGAGAUCCAGAGGAUCCUCCACGUGAUGGGGGCGGCCGAGCGGCUGGAGCAGGAGGUGGAUGAGUUUGUAGGGAAAAAGACAGAUAAAUCGUACCGGCUUCUAGAGGAGAUGUUGACCAAGCUGCUGCUGGAGCUGGAUUCCGUGGAGACCGGGGGCCAGGACAGUGUUCGGCAGGCCAGGAAAGAGUCCGUCCACAGAAUUCAGUCCAUACUGGAACAACUGGAGAGAAAGGGAUUGUGAAAUCACAUCAGCCACAACACACAGCCCCUUGUCACGGUUCCAAAGAGUCCUAGCUCUGUUAAAUCAGCUCUUUCUGCUCCGCACUAUUGACAAUGGAAUAGCAAUAAGCCCCGAGUUAAAAAAGCAAAGCCACAAAAAGAGCCCCAAACAAAACAGAAGCCCAGCCCCAACAAAGAACUCGGCAGUGGACAAAUUAAGGGAGGUCUGAAGCAGCAGACUGAGUCGUUCGUUUGUUCCAGGCUCUGGGAGAGCAGCAGCACCGCAGGUACGCACGGGUAGAGUCUCUGGGGAUCCGCAUCCCCGGCACCAGCAGGAGGAAAAUCACUGUACAAAGUGCCCCAAAGGAGCUGCGGUGUGGAGGCGGCUCCGCAGCCACGGCAGCUCUGCAAACAGCCGCAGCGUUGGCCACACGUGGUCACAGCCCCGCAACCUGCGGCCACGAACCCAGAGCCCGCCCGUCACCGCCUGCAGCUUCAGCUUCAGCUUCUCGCCGUGAAACUCGUGUCGUCCUGGGCGUUUGUCGGGUUGUAGCGCGCCCGAGUAGCUACACCCGAGUGCUGCAGAACGGGACCAGGUCGGUGCAAACCGGUGUCGCGUCGUCUGCUCCGCCUGCCGUGAAGAGCCGGUCCCCGGUGUCCCCCGGGCAAGUCGCGGUUCUGCCGCUGGAAAGACACGAGCAGAGGAACGAUGUCCGGGCAGAGCGGCCCGGAACAGCCGGACGCUGGAAACACUUCCCAGCUCACUUGGACGAAAAUCCGCUUUUUAAUCGUAAUAGUGCGAGUUGUGUGUUCCGUGAGGCGCCGGUGGCGCCGGGUGACGCGGGGGACGGGACGGCUCAGCCGCUGUGCACCGGCCGGUUACAGCGCGCGAUGCGAAUCAUCGCUCUGUGUGACCAGAUAAUAAACCCUCACAACUUUUAAAUGUUAUUUUGUAA